AUGAAUGAUAAAACUCCAGGUCUUUCCUUCUACAAUAUGACUCCCAGGGAAUCACUUCAAUAUGCAGGGAUUCUCUCUUUACUUCUGCAUUUUGGCUGGAUAUGGAUUGGGGCAGUCGUUACGGAUAAUGACAAUGGGGAGCGAUUCCUCCAGAUGGUGGUCCCACUGUUUUCCAAGAGUGGUGUCUGCUUUGACUUCAUUGAAAAAAUCCCUGAACUUGACCCUGAUAUUAAAAAACUUUUGGACAAAGGGGCAAAAAUACGUGAUAAGAUUGAGGACAGCACAGCCAAUGCGCAGCCUUUAUCUGUGUGCAGUGAAAGCUGCAAUCCUGGUUCUAGGAAGAAUGUCAAGGAAGGGAAGUCACUUUGCUGCUAUGAUUGCAUCCCGUGUCCCAAAGGGAAGAUUUCAGGCAAGAUGGUUAUGCAUUACUGUUAUUCAUGUGAAGAUGAAAAGUACCCAAGCAAGCACCAGAAUUUUUGUAUUCCCAAGUCAGCGAACUUCUUUUCCUAUGAAGAACCCUUGGGCAUCAUUUUAUCCUCUUCCAUUAUUCUCUUCUGCUUGAUCACGGCUCUGGUGCUAGGAAUAUUUCAGAAGCAUCACGAGACACCCAUUGUGAAAGCCAAUAACUGGCACCUCACCUACACUCUCCUCAUCUCCCUCCUGCUCUGCUUCCUCUGUGCACUGCUCUUCAUCGGCCGGCCGCACCAGGUGACAUGCCUCCUGCGACAAACUGCUUUUGGCAUCAUCUUUGCAGUGGCCAUGUCUUGCGUGCUCACAAAGACAGUCAUGGUGGUUUUGGCCUUCAGAGCCACCAAACCAGGGAGCAAAGUGAGGCAGUGGAUGGGGAAGAGCCUGGCCAAAACCCUCCUUUUUUCCUGCAGCUUUCUUCAGGGUGGGAUCUGCCUUACCUGGUGGGCAACUUCUCCUCCAUUUCCAGAUAUUGACAAGCAUUCAGCUGCUGAAGAAACCAUCCUGGAAUGUAACGAGGGGUCCAUAACAAUGUUUUACUGUGUCCUGGGCUAUCUGGGCUUUCUCGCAAUGGUCAGCUUCAUGGUGGCUUUUCUUGCCCGGAAGCUCCCAGACAGUUUCAAUGAAGCCAAGUUCAUCACUUUCAGCAUGCUGGUCUUUUGCAGUGUCUGGCUAUCCUUUGUGCCUUCCUACCUGAGCACCAAAGGGAAAUCCUUGGUGACUGUAGAGAUCUUUUCUAUCUUAGCCUCCAGUUCUGGUCUGCUGGUUUGCAUCUUCUUCCCCAAAUGUUACAUCAUUUUGCUGAGACCCGAGUUGAACACGAAGGAGCAUCUAAUAAGAAGAACAGCUUGA